AUUGAUACUUGGACCUCACAACAAAGAAUCUCAUUUAUGAGCUUGACUGCUCAUUACAUUGAUGAGAAUUGGAAAUUGCAUACGAAGAUACUUAAUUUUUGUCCUGUCGACUCUCAUAAAGGAAAAGAUUUGGGUGAUUUAAUUAAGUUGUGUUUAAUGGAUUGGGGAAUUGAUCUAGUGUAUGCCAUGACUAUUGAUAAUGCCUCUGCCAAUGAUGGUGUUGUGAGAGUGGUUAGAGAUGCCAUAAAUAAGUGGGGGACUAGUAUCUUAGGAAGGGAUGAGUUGUAUAUGAGGUGUGCAGCCCAUAUAAUUAAUGUGGUUGUGCAAGAUGGGGCCAAAAUAAUGAAUACUUCCAUCAAUUCAGUUAGAGCUGUUGUUAAGUUUAUUAGGCAAAGUCCUCAAAGGAUUCUAAGGUUCAAAGAAGCUGUUGUUAUUGAGAAAAUUGACAGCAACAAGCUAUUGAGCAUGGAGACACCAACCAAGUGGAAUUCUUUGCACUAAUGUUAGAGACUGCAGAGAAGUAUGAAAUGGCAUUUGAGAGGUAUUCAAGGAUGGAUCCAACCCUGAGGCUUGAAUUGAAUUCAAGCCCAAAUGCUCUUGGCUGCCCAUCAUGCCUUAAUUGGGAAAACAUUAGGCGGCUAAUUAAGUUUUUGGAGCCUUUUAACUUUCUCACAGAAAGGGUUUCAAUAACUUUAUACACCACUUCUAACUUGUAUUUCCUAGAGAUUUGUGAAGUGGAUAGCAUUCUUCAAGAGUGGCUAGAUGAUGUUGACUUGAGCUCCAUGGAAAGGAAUAUGAAGCUUAACUAUGACAAGUAUUGGGGUGAUCCCUUGAAGAUGAACAAAAAUAUUUUCAUUGUUGUUGUGUUGGAUCCAAGGCAUAACUUGGGGUUUGUUCAAUUUCUGUUGGUAAGGAAGUUUGGUGAAAUUCAAGGUGAAAGGUAUGGAGAGAUGGUGAGAACUGAAUGUGUUAAGUUAUUUGAGGCCUAUAAGAAGAUGCAUUAUUCUGAUAAAAAUUCUAAGAGGGGUCAAUGUUCUACUCAACAAUCAAAGGAGAUUCUAAGUUCCAACACAAGACAAGUUUGAGCCAAGUAAGAAAAGGAGGACAUAUCUUAUAAGUGAGUAUGCCAAAUAUUUGGAAGGAAUUGAAGGAAGUGCAAAGAAGUUAGAGUUGGAAAGAUAUUUGGCUAAAGAAAUAGAGGCCUUUGAUGAGGAAUUUGAUGUGCUUAAGUGGUGGAAGGUGCAUAGCCCAAGAUUCCCAAUAGUAGCUGCUAUGGCUAGGGAUGUUUUGGCAAUGCUAAUCUCUACAGUGGCCUCUGAAGCUACAUGCUCAACUGGUGGUAGGGUUCUUGAUGAGUUUAGAAGCUCUUUAACCCCUAGAAUGGUUCAAGCACUCAUUUGUUCUCAAGAUUGGCUCAAAUCCAAGGCUAGACAAGUUUUUGAUAUAGAGGAUGAUGAUGAAUUGGGAAGGCUUGAAAAGGAAUUUGAGAAGUUGAAGUUUGAUGCAUCUGUUAUAUAGUAUUUAGGUUUAAGGUAAAGGUUUUUGUUUUCUCCUUUUUCUAGUUUCAUCAUGCAAUAAACUCUUUCAUUUUGAUGUUUAUUUUUUCCUUUAUAGUUCACAGUGUUUUAUACAAAUUUACUAACCAAUGUUUAUUUUUUCCAAAUGACAAAUAUCACUAGAGUACAGUACAAUAUAUAGGUUUAAGGUAAAGUUUUUUUGUUUUCUCCUUUUUCUAGUUUCAUUAUGCAAUAAACUCUUUCAUUUCCAUGUUUAUUUUUCCCUUUAUAGUUCAUAGUGUUUAUACAAAUUUACUAACCAAUGUUUAUUUUUUCCAAAUGACAAAUAUUAUUGGCGUACAAUACAAGAGGUUAGAAGUAGAAGAUAUGAUCUUUUUUGUGCAGUUAAGAUCAACUUAUUGGUGUUACUGUACAGAGGUAUACUUUUUGGACAGUUUUGUUUUUGCAAGUACAUAUAGAAAAUGAAGGGGAAACCAUAACAGAUUUUUGAUGACGAUGGCUGCCUUUUUAGUUAUAAGUUACUUAGCUAAAUCUUGCAAGUUUGAAACAAUAUUUUACUGCUAGUUGUAUGUUAUGAAUUGAGUUCAUGGUGGAGCUUGCUGUUUUGUUAUAUAGCUCCUUUACUGCUAGCUGUAUGUUAUGAAUUGAGUUCAUGAUGGAGCUUUCUGUUUUGUUAUAUGGCUCCUAUGGUACAAUGAAAAGGUUUCUACUUGCUAGUAGAUUAUUAUCCUUCAGGUAAUUCCCUAAGUUGUGACCUUGUGAUUCUUUAAGUUGUCACUUUGUGCUUGCUAUGUGUUUGUUAUGAUUUCCAUAAAUUGGGACUAUUUUAAGUUAUUUCUUUGUGACUUUGUGAAUUCAAGAUUGUAAUCUUGAGAUUGUCUUCUAUGUUUAUGAAUGAUUUGUGAUAAUUUAAGUUAUAUGAGUCAUGUUAUGGAACUUGAUAAUUAUUGUAUAAAUUUUCAAAUUUAAG